AAGUUUCCACGAAUUGUUUACAUUUGCGCAUUCUGUAAGAAACAAAAAUAAACGCUGGUUUUCAAAAAAUUGACCCGAUUUCUCUUUAAAACAGGUAGUCGAAACUUUUAACAUCAAACACAUAUAUGAACAUAUAGAAGAAGGAAUCAUUACGAAUAAGCUGAAUUUUAUUUACACUGAUUGGACAUAUUGUACACAGAAAAAGGGUAAACAAUUAAAAGUAACAGGGUCUUUGACAAAUAUGGAAACAGACUCGGACUGGCAGAAAUUCCUUCUUGCGGUAGACACCUGCUGUAAGAAUGAGGAUUAUGUUAGAGCCAAGCAAUGCGCCACACAGUUGUAUGACUCUAUUGCAUUAUUUUACCAAGAGGAAAUGGAUGACGAGAAAGUUUGUGAUGCUUACGACAAAUGUUUAGAUGUCGCUUUGAUGCUAGAUGACAGUAGUUUAGCACUAAAGUGUCUUUACCGAGAAAAACUUCACUCACUAGAGUACUUAGACCCUUCUUGGCUCUGGAAUGAAAUUUUGUCAAAUCCAGAAAUCAAUUUAGCGAUGAAGUUGUACAAUGUGCGAAUUGUAAGGUCUAUCAUUGAUGAGUAUGAAAACAGAUCGGGGCCAGCUAUUCCAAAGUGCCCUGAAGAAAUACAGAUAUUUUACCAAAUAUUAAUGAGAACCUAUUGUGAGGAUAAGUUAAGUUUAGAAAUUAUUCUGCGGGAAGUUCUGGAUUAUGAUUUAUGCAGAGGACGAAAACUCUUGAAACAACAAAAUCCCAGGGCAGUGUGUGAAAUGUGCAAAAAUCUUAACAAGAUUCAUUCUUCCGACCCUAAUUUGGCGCUAGUGAUGGAGCUGUGGGCGUAUGCGUUGGAACAGCUGGGAAUGUUAGAUGUAGCCAUCAACAAGGCCGAAAACGCCAUAGCCAUGGCCGAACCGAAACAUGAUACAUCAUCCUUUGAGAGAUUGCUAACCAGAUUGGAAACGAAGGUUGCAGAAUUGAACGAAAUUACACGUACAACAAGACCUGAAAUAUCUGCUGCCAAAAGGAGUAACAAAGAUAUAAAGAAGAAACAAACAAAAAUCGAAAACAAGCGUGAAAGAGGCAAAAAGAAAAAGAAACAAAAAGAAACAAACCUUGAUAGAUCAGAGACCACAGAAGGUGAUGGAAAUGAGCCAAAUUGUUCUUAUGAUUCUGAUGUUCCACCAGAAAUAACCCACACCCUGUCAGACAACUCUCCCAGAAGCUGGAAAGAUGUCACAGACUUUGACCUUCCUGUAACCAAGCCAAAACGAAAACGAAGGCGGAAUCGUACUGGUGACUCUGGUUUGUCAUCCAUCGGACACCAAACAGGAACCCCAGGACUUGGUAGCGAGGUCAAUUCUGACGGGUCAUGCAUUUUCUCUAACAUGCAUAUUGUUGAUUCUGAAGAAGGCGAGGAUGAAUACCAACCACUUCCUGCAAGUUCAACGGCUCGUGAUUCUUAUUUUAUGGACCAAACACAGGACCCCCGUUCUCAAUUUGAUAAUCUAGAAAGUGAAGAGGGUGAUCUUCAGGAAGAUACAUUUUUCAAUGAAAGCUGUGAACGUCUGCUGCAGUGUGGGGAAAUGAAUCUUGAUGUUAUGCAGGACAUUGACAAAGGUAUCUUGGAAGAAGGUCUGAAUUUGUCAGAGCGUUUUAUUGAAAGCUUUAAAAGAAACAAAGUGAUAUAUGCCAAAUACCCAGAUCUGAAAACAAAAGAAGAAGCCUUGAUGCUUUGCUCGAAGAGACCACAAAAAUACAAACAUUGCAGGAUCACAAUUGAAACCUCUCACAGAGCAGUGUGCACAGUAUUGGACGAAAAGGACAAAAUCAAAACAAUAGAAAUAUCAGGUCGAUCAAAAUGUGGAAAGGUAUACAAUGAAGAUGAAGUUGUAGUAGAAAUCCUUAGUGAGUCAUUUGAAGAUGUAAUUUCUCGCCUAAAUAAAAUUUCCAGUUUCGGUUUCAAAAGUGAAGGGAAAGUUUAUGGGCAAGUACAUGUAGUUGGAAUAACAAAGAGAACACGUUUCAACAAAAUUAAAAACCCAGUGUUUUUAUGCACGCUUGAUGCAUUUGAAACACAUCUGAUGAAGCCUUUGUGCAAAACUGUCCCCAAAAUUAGUAUCCUUCGUAACAAUAUUGAGAAUCAGUUCCAGAUAGAGACAUACAGAUAUGACGAGAAUGCAAAAGAUCUCAAAUUUGAAGAACUAAAGUCAAUAGAUCCGGCUAACCGUAACGGAUACUUAUUUCUUGUUUGUCUCAUUUCUUGGAAUAAGCUGUAUCCUGUCGGUGCAGUCCUCUCUGUACACAGCUUCAGUGAAAGUUCAAAGUCAAGUUUGAAAGUUCUGUGUCUCCAAAACCAAAUACCAACUCAUUAUAAGGAAGAGACAAUACAGCUUACAAAUGACAUCAUUCAAAACCCAUUCCAAGAGAACACGGAUAAACUCAGAGAGGUCCUUGCAGAAGACCACCAGGCCUUUACAAUUGAUCCUCCGGGAUCGAAGGAUUUAGAUGACGCACUGAGUAUCAAAAACAUUGGAGAUAAUUGUUAUGAAAUUGGCGUGCACAUUGCUGACGUAGCAAGUGUCAUACAGAAAGGUGAUUCCAUUGAUAGAGAAGCCAGAGAAAGAACAAGAACAUUUUAUCCUGGUGAAGGUUAUCGACCUCAUCACAUGUUGCCAGAGCCUCUUAGUACAAACAUUUGCAGUCUUUUGCCGAACGAAAAUAGGAACGCCAUUUCAGUCUUCUUUGUUAUGAAUUCCUCUGGAGAGGUAGCUAGUGCUCCCAUAGUAAAAAGAACGAUCGUAAAGUCAUGUCGUCAGUUUACCUACCAAGAGGUUCAAAGAAUCAUAUCUGAUCAAAAUGAAGGCAAUGAGACUGAAUUGAAUGAAAAUAUUCGUGUUUUGAGUGCCCUAGCCGAAAAACGUCGAGAAAAACGUCUUGGAAACAAGCGUUUUGCUUUUCCAUUUGAAGGUGAUUAUAUGAAAAAUAGUGACAGCUAUUACUCAGCAAUCGAUGCUCAUAACCUUGUUGAGGAAUUUAUGCUUUUGACAAAUCAUUACAUUGCUAAUUAUCUAUGGAGUAAAUAUUCGAAAUGCCUGCCACUCAGAGUUCAACAGCAACCGUCAGCAGAAAAAGUAAGGGAAUGGAUGGAGUCAAAUCCUGUAAUCGGGAUGUUUGUGCUAGGAAUUCAACAUCUGCCUUUGCCAAACAACACAACUAUUGAUGUAGGAAAAGUUCCAAAGGGAUUGAAUAAAAUAUUUCCAAUUCAGCUUUCUGUCUGGAAAAGAAUGACCUCAAAUGUAUCUAAAGGGAAUUUUGAAGAAGUAAUUCGUCUUGUUGGAUGCGAUGAACUCCAUCCGAAACAGGCGUUAGCAUUUGAAGAAUGGAUUGCCUUUCAAGAGUCUGCAAAAUACAGUUGUUCAGGAAAUAUAACUUCCAAGAAUGAUGGAUGUCACUUUUCUCUUGGAAUUUUCCCAUACGUGCAUUGUACUUCUCCUAUUCGCAGGUAUGCUGAUAUUAUAGUUCAGAGACUUAUUCUUGCAGCACUUGAUGGGCAAUCGUCUCCAUACACAAAGGAAGAAGUUGAAAGAUUGUGUGAUGAAAUCAACAAUGUUACAAAGCGAGAAAAGUCAUUUGAGAAACAAUGCUUUGCUCUUCAUUUGGGUAAAAAGCUUUCUAAAAGAUCCCAGAUGAGCUAUUCUAUGGUUCAAAAUGUGUCGGAGAAAGAGGUUUCAUUGCAUUUUCCAGGAAUGCGAAAAUUACCGAAAGACUGCAAAGAUAUUCCUUAUUCUUUGAUGAAAGUUUGUGCUAAACCACUAGUGAAAUCUGAUGAAGAAUCUAAACCACUGGCUUCGCUUUAUUGGCAGCAACGAUUGUAUUCCUUUACAGGAUAUGCCCCAAACAUUAGAUUUCAGAAAAAAGGAUCUACAGUGCGAAUUGAUCCUCACCAACGCGUGACAUAUCAACAAUUUUCGAAAUGGCAGAAGAUCUUAAAAUUAAUACUGAGUGGUAAGAAUUCCCAGCUUAAGGAUGCUUUUUUCGGUACGGAUUAUCAAGAUGUGAACAUGAGUCAGUCUGUUCCUGCUUGCUUCAACACAGAGUCUGAUGUCAGCUCUGAGGUUCGAGAUGGCAACAUUAUACAACAAUGCUGCGAAUUCAGCAUGAGUUUUAACCAUGGGCAAAUCUUGGCUGUGCAACUUACAGCAGAACCGAAAAAAGGCGUCAUGGUUCCUACUGUUCAAAUGGUAGAAUUAACAAACAAUGUAAAGUUAUGCCUUCAGCACAUUGAAGAUCCGGUGAAGUAUUUUGCACGUUAUUCCACACAGAGAGUUCCACAACAAAUGAAAUCCCCUGUUGAAUACGUAAAAAUAUGGUUGAGUAUUUUCCGCAUGGAAUCUGCUGUGAAAAUGACCCAGGGGACUCCUGUGGUUAUAAAUGAUUUGCCUGUCGAAUUUUCUGGUCGUUCAGAUUGCAGUGAUUGUAACUUUACAUUAGAAAAUUCCUUCUGUGUGAAAAGAGAUCUAGAAUUUGGAUGUUUAUCUGAGAAAAUUAUCAGUUUUGGUGAAGAGAAUACCGAAGAAGAAAAAGAGUCGAAGUACCUCUUGAGUUCUGACUGCGUUUGUAUGAGGUGUGAGUUGGUGAAUAAUGUUCCUUCCCGAGCUACGAAAGAAACAAACCCUGACGAUAGACAGAUCUGGAUAGGACAUGGAGAAAUAAACAUUUUGCAGAAAAGCAAGAAAAAAGGCAAAACAAAAAUCCAUAUUCGAUUACACAAGGACAGUCCCAAACCAACAGCAGAAAUGUGUUCUAAUCCUCCACCACGGUGUGGUGUUGAACUUCUUCAGAAAGCUGAUGUAGAUAAACGAGUGGAAGCGACUUUAAGUUGUCUUGACAAAGCAACAGAAUUGGCAAAAGCAAUAGCAUUGACAAAGAAGAUCCCCAAACUCGAUAAAGACCAUUUGGAUUUGUCCAGAAAAAUAGAAACGGAUGUGACAAUAUGUGGUCUAGCCCAAAACAACACACAGCAGUUGAAGGCGAUACAGCGUGCGCUUAGUUCUCGUUUCAGUCUGAUUCAAGGCCCUCCAGGCACAGGAAAAACAUAUACUGGUAUAAAGCUGAUAUACUUGUUCGUGAAAAUCAAUUAUAUUCUUAAACAGGAAGGAAGAGGACACAAACAAGUUGUCUUCUGUGGUCCAUCAAACAAAUCUGUGGAUUUAGUUGCCCGAUGGAUGCUGAAAAAGUUGGGUGAACAGUCUCCCAAAAUUGUGCGCAUGUAUGGCAGUUCACUAGAAAACAUUGUUUUUCCAUUGCCUGGAAGAGAUUACACAAGUAAAACUUCGUGCAGAGAUAACAGACCAGAUCCGCAACUAGAAGAUGUAUCCCUACACCAUCUCAUUCGAAUGCAAGGAAAACCAAGUGCUGAAGAAUUAAGAAACUAUGACAACAUGUUCAGAAAUAAUCCAAGCUUUUCUGAUCAUGGCGAAAUACAGAAUUAUAAAAAGCUGUUAAGCAAAGCUUGUCAGGAGGAGUUGAAACACUAUGACGUCAUUUUUUGUACCACUGCUGUUGCAACAAAUGCAAGAUUUUUGAAGGCAACACAUGGGAAUGUUUAUCAGAUGAUCAUAGAUGAAGCCGGCAUGUGCACCGAACCGGAAACCCUUGCACCAAUCAUUGCCACUAAAGCGGAACAGGUUGUUCUGAUUGGUGACCAUAAGCAGCUUCAGCCAGUCGUUCUUUGCUCAGAAGCAGCCUCGCUUGGAUUGGAGAAGUCAUUAUUUGAGAGAUAUGCAGAUCGUGCCGUGUUCCUCAAUUGUCAAUAUAGAAUGCACCCAAGAAUAUGCGAUUUUCCUUCAAACAAGUUUUACAAAGGAAAUUUGGAAACGAUGCCUUCCGUUGCAUGGAAAGUGGAUGAACCCUUAUCACUUUGGCGUGUACCAAACGUUCCACAAAUGUUUUGCCAUGUUGAGGGUGAGGAGGAGAGCUUGAGUGUUACAACCGAGGAAGGGAAUCAGCAAUCAAAAAGUAACAAGGCAGAGGUCAAAGAAGUGGUUCGAAUCUUUAGUGAGCUGGUUCACCGGGAGAAAGUAAAGCAAAAACAAAUCAACAUUGUUUCUCAGUACAACGCCCAGUGCUUUGCCAUCAAAGAGGCACUGAAGAAAGAGAACAUCAUUAAUUUCAACGUAAACACAGUUGUGGCUAGUCAAGGUGGUGAGUGGGAUUACGUGAUAUUCAGUACCGUUAGAUCCCUCCCAGACUACAGAAUAGAACCAAACCCUACUUUGGGCUGGUGUAAGCAGAAUCUGGGCUUUAUUACUGAUCAACAUCAGAUCAAUGUGGCUCUUACUCGAGCAAGGAAAGGAUUCAUUAUCAUAGGAAACAAGAAUCUUAUGAAAUGCGACAAUGUUUGGCGCGACUUACUAAUACACUAUGGUAGACAGGGCUGUGUGGUGGACGCGGAAUCCGUCAAGUCCAGACGCCAAAAGAAAAGAAGGAAAGUCAGAGAAGCCACACAGGAGGAAUUUAAUGCUUAGAAUUGUUUUGAAAGAAAUGCUCUCCUGUCGUCUUUGUUAUAUAUGUUCAUAUCAUUUGAAAUUACAUUGUAAAUUUUUUUUCGUAGAUUUGUUGUAAAAAUAGUUUUUUUGUUUAGAGAAAUAAAAUUUGUUUUGUUUGUUUUGUACGAAUGAAACUUGAAUAUUGUAUUUUUAAUUCUUUAUCAUGAUAGUGCAAUUUUUAUUGUUUAUGAGCUAAAGGCCACACUGUAUUGAUAAUUCAUAUGAUUUGUUUUCCUAUUUUUCUCACAUUUUGAUCUUUACGCCAUGUGAUAACCAUUGAGAUUACAUCAGUUUUCUUUUUAUGUCCUCUUUUUAUUUACAGUAUGCAACUAUUAUAUUUCUGUUCUCCAUUUUUCUCCAUUUUUACCUGCUUGUUUUUUUUUUACUUCAUGAUAUAUGAGUUUGCAAUCAAUGUCUAAACCCUGGAUCUUUCAAAGUUUUGUUUCUCUAUGUGCC